AUGGAAAAUAUAUCAGCAGUGACAUCCUUCAUAUUGACAGCAUACACUGAACUGGAAGAUCACAGAUAUUUAUACUUCAUGUGUUUCCUGUUUUUAUACAUUGUGAUAUUAUUGGUCAAUUCAGUUUUAAUUUUUGUAAUUUACAUUGACAGAGGUCUGCAUGAGCCCAUGUAUUUAUUUAUAUGUAAUUUAGCAGUGAACGGAGUGUAUGGUUGUACAUCUUUAUUACCUUCUAUGCUCAGCCAUUUGUUUUCUCAUAAUUAUGAAGUAUCUCUGACCAAUUGUCUAUUACAGAUAUAUUGUUUACACUCAUAUGGUAUAGUUGAAUUUACAAUUUUAGCAGUGAUGAGCUAUGACCGAUAUGUUGCCAUUUGUUUCCCAUUACACUAUCACCUCCUCAUGUCUGAUAAAAAAUCUUAUAUUGUCAUGAUACUAUUUUCCUAUGCACAAAUACUCAGAAUCUGCCUGUUUGCUUCUAAGGAAUCUCAAAUCAAAGCUCUUCAAACAUGUACCCCACACUUACUGACUGUAAUUAACUAUGGACUAGGAUGUUUAUUUGAGCUCUUUCAAAGCCGUUUCAACAUGACUCAUGUACCUUAUAAAGCACGCAUAUUCUUGUCUAUAUAUUUUAUAAUAUGUUCUGAGCUGAACACGCAGCAAUCCUUCAUCAGCUGA